AUGUCUAAUAAUGGCGGUUUUUUGAUCGAAGCAAAUGAGGGUAAUCCCGUUGAUAAUCUCCAACUCAUCAAGGUGGCUCACACUAACAAGAAGACGGGUCAAAUCCAAGACGUUGUCAUCAAAGGUGUCGUUGAAAUGGUGGAAACUGAAAUAGCAUCUCAGUCUCAGUCUCAGCCUCUCUCUGAUGACGGCGAUUCUACAGGAGCGUCAACCAACUUGUCUCGAUUGCAAAUCAAUGAGAUGGUUGAAAAGGCCGCUCCUAAAAGGAAAGGAGACCGUUUAGUUGGGCUGGCCCGCCGUGCUUCUUCGUAUCCGACAUCUUCUUCGCAAGCUCCGUAUGCCGAUCCCAUGAUUCUCGAGGAGCUGCAUGACAAAGAUGAACGGAUGUGGCAUUGGAGCAGCAGAACGCCACUAUCCUUACCCUGA